AUGCAGCCCGAGCCCGGCCCGCCGCGGAGCCGCGGGAGCGGGCCCUGCUGGAGCCCGAAGCUGGCGGGCCUGGCGGUCGCGCUGGGCGGGCUGCUGCUCCUGCACCGCCUGGUCAGCCUCUGGCUGCUCGGCCUGCUGUGCACGGCCACGGCCGCGCUGGGCGCCUGGCUCUUCGGCGGGCCCCUGGCCGCCGCGUCGGGCCGCCUGCACCUGGAGCGCCUGGGCGCCCCGGCCGCCUGCGCCCGCGACCCCGAGGCCGAGCGGCAGCUGGAGGCGGAGGUCGAGCGCACCAUCCGGCUGGUCCUGCGCGACUUCGUGUCCUCGUGGUACGGCGCCAUCAGCCGGGAGCGCGUCUUCGAGGCGGAGCUGGGGGCGGCCUUGCGCGGCCUGGCCCGGGAGCUGCGGCGCCGCAUGGCCCGGGCCGACCGGCGCGGGCUGGCCCAGAGGCUGCUGACGCUCUCCGGCUGCCACCUGCAGGCCUACAUCCGCGCCAGGGCCUCGCUGGGCGCCCCCGGCCCCGCGGCCGACCCCGCGCGGCUCUGGGAGGCCUACUGCCGGGGGUCGGCCCCGCACCCCGCCGUCCGGGAGCCCCGGGCCGAGGUGGCCUACGCCCGCGGCAUCGUCAGCCGCUUGCUGGGCCUCGCGCCCGGGCCCUUCCUGGCCGGCGCCGCGGGGCACCACGUGGUGGUGGAGCUGGUCGCCUGCAACGUCGUCUUGCCCCUGGUCGGCAAGCUGGCCGACCCGGACUGGAUCCACCUGGCCCUGGCGGGCGUCUUCUCCAAGGCCGGGACCCCGCCCCUGCCCGGGGAAGGCGGCAGCAAGCCCCAGGCCGAGCCGCCCCCGGCCGCCCCGUCUCUGCCGCCGGAGACCGAGCUGCAGGGCCCGCCGGGGGGCAGCGGCCCCGCCCCGGCCGCGGCCCCCACGCCCCCGAGCUGCAGCGAGGGCCAGGCCCCGGCCGAGGCCUGUCCGGUGGUGGACGAAGCGGACGAGCUGGAGGGAGACGCUGGGCCGCUGCUGGAGGAGAGGCGGGCGGGCGUUGGCACGUGCCACUUCCUGGAUCGGGGCAUCCAAGGCCCCCUGUUCUUGUGCGAGGACUUGGAGCUGGAGUCGUCCUUGUCUGACAUCAGGAAAGAGACGCUCAUGCUCAUGGCCCCUGGCAGCUUCCUGUCCGACAGAAUCCAGGAUGCCCUGUGCGGCCUGGAGGGCCCCCGGACUAUGGAGGCCCCGGGCGGGGAGGACUCCAAAGGAGCGGACGGAGGCGAGGCUGAGGAGGGCCCGGGGGCAGACGUGGAAGCAGACCCCGGCCUCAUGUCCACGCUGAAUUUCUGCCCUGAGAUCCAGGUGGAUUCAGCUGACAAGGAGGAGGAGCAGGACGAAGGGCCCGCGCCUUCCGCAGUGCUGAUGAGCCCAGAAACGCCCUGCCCCACCCAGCCCCCGUCCUUAGAGAGGGCUCCCCCCAAUGAUCUGGGCGCCCUGGACCCUAGUCUGCCUCCGGUUCUGCUUCCCGCCUCGCCCGUGGGGCCUCUGAGCACAGCCGCCUUCAGCUUUGAGACCCUGAGCAGCCCCGAUGGCCCUGUUGUCAUCCAGAACCUUCGGAUCACAGGCACCAUCACGGCCCGGGAGCACAGCGGCACCGGCUCCCACCCCUACACCCUCUACACAGUGAAGUAUGAGACGGCCCUGGAGGGAGAGAGCAGCAGUGGCCUGCAGCAGCUGGCCUACCACACGGUGAAUCGCCGCUACCGUGAGUUCCUGAACCUGCAGACCCGCCUGGAGGAGAGAUCGGAGCUCCGCAAGUUCCUCAAAAAUGUAAAGGGCCCCAAAAAGCUCUUCCCAGAUCUGCCGUUUGGGAACAUGGAUAGUGACAAAGUUGAAGCCCGGAAGAGCCUCCUGGAAUCAUUUCUAAAGCAACUCUGUGCCAUCCCUGAGCUCGCUAAUAGUGAGGAGGUGCAAGAGUUCCUGGCGCUGAACACUGAUGCCCGCAUCGCCUUCGUCAAGAAGCCCAGAAUAGACAAGAUGGUGGUGAGUGCUAUCGUGGACACCUUGAAGACAGCGUUCCCUCGCUCUGAGCCCCAGAGCCCCACUGAAGAACUGAGUGAGGCCGAGACAGACGGCAAGCCCCAGACUGAAGGCAAGAAGGCUGGCAAGUCCAAACUGAGGUUCACUUCCAUGAAAGUGUCCCCAGCACUGAACCUCUCAGAAGCACAUGAGAGGAUUUUCUAUGGUCUCCCGGAAGACGGCAUGGAGUCCGAGGUCCUGCCCAUGGCCGGGGUGCAGUCCUUCAUCGAGAAGCAAAUGAAGCUGCUGAAAGUACAGCCUGCAGAUACCUGUGGCCAAGACCCUGAGCAGCGCCUCAGAGACUGUGUGGACAGCUCCCUCCCCGAUGCGGACCUCAGCCCCAGCACACCAGGGUCGGACACGGCCUUGGCAGACACAGCGCUGGACCUGCUGCUCCUGCUGCUGAUGGAGCAGUGGCAGUGGCUUUGCACGGAGAACAUGCACAAGUCUCUUCACUUCCUCUUCGGGUCGCUCCUCCAGAGGUGGCUCGAGGUGCAGGUCGCCAACCUCACGUGUCCCCAGCACUGGCUGCAGUACCUCCGGCUCAUCCGCGAGUCCAUCUGGCCUGGCGGGGCUUUACCCAAGAGCCCGCGCCCUGCGAGGACCCCGGCGCAGAAGCAGGCCACAGAGAAGCAGGUGCUGCAGGACUUCAUGGGGCUCGUGCCAGACCUCGUGGUCCGGCUCCUCGGGAGAGAAAAGUGGGAGCUGAGCUGGAGCCUCGUGCUGAACUCGCUGCAGCAGCCCCUGAUCAACAGGCAUUUGGUCUUCUGCCUCUGGGACAUCAUCCUGGAGAUUCUGGGUCUCCCGGCUGCUGAGGACUCUGCUGCCACCCACUCCUCAGGCAACCCCAAGAAGACGGGCGUCGCCCUGUAGCCCCCGCCUGGUCUCAGCGCCGAGCCGAAGCCUGAGAGCCCCGGGGUCUCGGGGCACAACUCCUCCUGUGCGUCCACCUGGAGCCACCUGCCGUCCUCGUGUGCACCUCGGUUUCCAGAACAUUCUUAGGUUGGGACUGCCAUAGGUGGGGAGAGGAGGAAGCUGCGGGGUGGAGGAAUGAGCCCCUCCAGCCUCGCCCUGCCCCCAGUCCUGAGCUGGUUUUGGGGAGCAGGAGACAAUUUGUGGGCGCCCCUCCCACCCCAAGGGGGACACCUCUCAGUCCCUCUGACCACCCCACACCCGUGGCGAAGGCCCCGCACACGGAGGUGCUCUGCCAGCUUCUCCCCAUCCUCUGUGCCCCCCAGACUUCACUGACACUCCUCCUGCCCCUGAGACUUUCUCUCCAUGGAGCUGCAGGCAGGCAGGGGUCGGAGCACUGCUCCCCACUCAGAGGACAGGGGGAGCAGAGGGGCUCCCCAGGCACCCGCAGACUCAGAACCCAGCAGACCUGCCUGUCGCUGGAGGGCCGAUGGGGCGGCGCUGCGGGCUCAUGGACCCGGAGGAGAGGCGGGGCCCCUGUCGUGACAGGGACACGGCCCGGGACAGGGUGGACACAGACAUCAGGGCUCACCCUGGAGUGCCUGGGCACACAUUAAAGUGGUUGG